AUGCUGGGCUGGACUGCAUGGUCGUGGAGAGCAUGGAGAAGACCAUCACAUCUGGCCGUGUCUGGAAUCUGUGUUAGUGCCGCGUACACCAUGCUGUUGGUGCCAGAGUGCUCGCCGAUGAAUGCUUCGUACUUCGUAUUGGAACCUGCUCCGCGUCAGGCCGGCCAUUGAUUUCCCCGGGCGAGGGCACCAGGUGCGGCAAUCCUUGCCCGUUGCGACAUUGAGAAAUGAUAUGGCUCCCUUCCAUUCGCGCGCCAAGGCUUGGAGGCUCUUGGAGGGAUACAUUGCCACAGCUUUACUUACUGUGCUAUACUACUUUGUGUCUGGCUGUCGGGGACUUGUCGCUCGCAUAAGUUGUCUCUUUGCAGUUAGCAAGAAUUAUGGCUGCUUGAGAGGAAAUUUUCUAUCAAUCAGCUGUCAAGAUGGGGUUGCUGGGUGUGGCCCGUCUCCAGCUAGAGAGCGGAUUCGUGGAUUCCUCCAGGCACUCGCCUCUCGGCUUGGCCUAUCGCUGGACCUAUUGCUGGCGACAUCCUUGCCGCCUUGCGCCACGAAAUCAGCUUCUGGGGUCCAGCCUGCCGGCACUAGGCCUUACGGCCUUGUGCUGCUUUACAAGAGGAUACCGAGUGGUUUGCUUGGUUUUUGUUCUCUCUUAUCCGAUCUCCCGGCCAGGCAUGAACAUGGGCCUUUUGCGUGGAGCCACCGAACGAGCACACCAAACACACCUCUCUACCUGCAUGUGUUGUCUCCAAUUCCGCUUUCCCAACAAUGGCCAUGAUAGGCAUUGAUUGUCGUUUCUGUGUACAGGGUCUGGUAGCUCGCCUUUCUAGGGACUUAGGCCU